UUUAUCGAUGGUGCUGAGGAAGUUUGUUUAGGAGCGCAGGGUACCGGGAUUUACUUAAUUAACGAUCUAAGUCAGAUUAAAGAUCCAACGAUGGAACAACUCGUACAGGAGUAUGUUUCGGAUCCAUUCCUCAUGAAGGACCAACUGAAAUUCGAUUUUCGUGUCUAUGGAGUGAUUAAAAGCCUCAAUCCUUUGUCAAUAUACGUGUCCAGAGAAGGUAUGGCUCGCUUUUGUACAAUGAAAUAUGAAAAGCCGGCGCCGAGUAAUUUCAACAACCUUUUUUCGCAUCUUACGAACUAUUCAUUAAAUAAAGCAAGCCAAACCUACGUUCACAGUAAUUCAAUCGAAGACCAAGUUACAGGAAGCAAGCGCCUUCUUUCAACUGUGUUUUAUCAAAUGGGUGUAUGUGGCAUAAAAACUAAAAAACUUUGGCACGACGUGAAGCUCAUAAUCGUGAAAACUGUGCUGGCCAUGGUUCCAGAAUUAAUGAUUCAUUACGAACAUCAAUUUCACCGCAAACGUGGACCACAUUGCUUCCAGAUUGUUGGAUUUGACAUUAUGGUCCGUGAGGACGGAUCACCCGUACUUCUUGAAGUUAACGCGUCGCCGUCGUUGUCCAUCGAGCAUAGUCCACACAGCAACAGUCGCCAAAAGAGCAUUGUAGACGAGGUUAUUAAAAUUCCUCUUGUUCGCGACACACUACUCCUUGUUACAGUUUUGCAUCUAUUUUUGUACUGUUCGCGGUCGACAGACGAUUUGAAAGUCCUAAAAAUGGCUAAAAGACCUUACCUUAGUGAGAUAUUCCCUAAUCGUUAUGGCUGCGAAGUCGCAGAUUUACUGUUUUUGGAUCAGAUGGUGUACAUAUUUAUGCAGUACGCAAAUCUUCGUCUGUCGACCACUAUAGGUGUGCCGAGCCUGAAGCGCAUAAUUAAUGUUGCGGAAUUUUCAAGAGGUAUUUUACGUUUUCUUCCAGAUCUCUCAUUUCAUGGCUUCGUCAGCUUCAUGAUUUUUCUUGCAAAUCGUCGUUUUCAUGGUGAGCCAACGUUACAGGAUAGACUUACAUGUUUGAUAAAGACGUGCGUAAGUGCUCUUCGACACAAAGGAGUACGAUCACGUCGCCUGCGUCGAGAAGAAGUACACGAAAAAUCUGGAGGGUUGGUUUUAUUUUAUCUAUGUUCGGAUUUUCACUUUUUGAGUUCUUAA